AUGUUUUUUGAUGGAAGGAUUUGUGUAUGCCUUUUGCCUGAAAACGUGCUAUUUUGCUAUGGAGGUACCAAAGCAUGAGCAGAAUUGAUUGAAAUUACUUGUUUGAUCAAUGAAAAGCUUGAAAUUCAAAUGCUGUCUUCUGGAUUGCCAGCUCUUGGAUGUAUUGCAAGUUAUUAUCAAAAUUUCGUUUAUGUAUUUGGGACUGCUUUUGCUAGAAAAUUUAAUUUAAAUAAACGAAAAUGGGAAAAAUUGAUACUGAUUCCAGACUUUUAUAGAUUAUGUAGCUGCAUUACAUUUAAUGACUUUAGUUUGGCUUCUGAAUAUGAUUCCCAAAAAAUAUGUUGGUAA